AAAAUUAGAAACAAGCAAAUUAUGAGAUAAUCAUUCCAUAUGAAAAAAGGAAGAGAUACUUACUUUCUCCCAAUACCAUCCUAUGUGUCAUCUUCCACAUUUCCUCUCUCUCCAUAGCUUCCUCCAUAACCUUUUCUUCUCUCCAAAAUAACAUAAGACCUUCCUUCUUCAAAAACUAAAUUUUCAGAUUGAGAAAAUGGCCGACCACGAACUCUCCGACUGCUUUCUCCAAAUCCCCCUCACCGGAUCCAACCCUUCUCUUCUCAAGAAGAAGCGAAACCUUCCCGGAACUCCAGAUCCGGAAGCAGAAGUGAUAGCGUUAUCGCCAAAGACGUUGUUGGCAACGAACAGAUUCGUUUGCGAAAUAUGCGGAAAAGGGUUUCAGAGAGACCAGAACUUGCAGCUACACCGGCGAGGGCAUAACCUUCCAUGGAAGCUAAAGCAAAGAAGUAACAAAGAAGCAAAGAAAAGAGUGUAUGUAUGUCCUGAGAAAAGCUGUGUGCAUCAUCAUCCAUCAAGAGCUUUGGGAGAUCUUACAGGGAUAAAGAAGCACUUUUGUAGAAAGCAUGGAGAGAAGAAAUGGAAGUGUGAGAAAUGUUCGAAGAGAUAUGCUGUACAAUCUGAUUGGAAAGCACACUCCAAAACUUGUGGUACUAGAGAAUACAAAUGUGAUUGUGGAACACUAUUUUCAAGGAGAGAUAGCUUCAUAACUCACAGGGCAUUUUGUGAUGCAUUAGCAGAAGAAACAGCAAGAGUAAAAGCAGGAACAACAAUAAGCAAUUUGAACAAUAAUUUAAUGGGAGGAUGGAGAGAUCAUGAAGAAACAGCAGGGGUAUUCAUGACUCAACAUUUCGGUUCAACAAUGAAGCCGGUUACAAUGAAAAUGAGCAGUAAUAGUGUUCAAAUGAUUGGAGGAAUGAUGAUGAAUAAUUCAGGAGGGGGAAUGUACGGUGAAGAUUCAGUUUGGGGAAAUCAAGUACAAAUGGGAAAUUAUUAUUAUAAUGAAAAUCAAGGGUUAAUGGUGAAUGGAGGAGGAGUGGGGGUUUGUUCACUAUACAGCCAUGAAUUUCAGCAAGUAAAUGAAACCCAGAGGGGAAAUAUGUCAGCAACAGCUUUGUUACAAAAAGCUGCUGAAAUUGGGGCAACUUCAUCUUCUUCUUCUAACACUGUUACAAGAUCUGCAGCCCCAUCAUUAUCACUACUACAAAUACAACAACAAGGGUUUUUGUUUAACAAUGGGAGUGAGUUUUGUAAUACAAACAAUAAUCCAAUUGUUGUAGUUGAGAAUAAUGGGAGUGAGAUGUACACUGCAAAACGGCGUCGUAGUCAGAGUGAAUUUGAGUGUGGAAGUGGAAAUGCAAGAACAGGAACAGGAACAGGAACAGGGGAGACAAGGGAUUUUCUUGGAGUUGGUGCCAAAACUACAUGUCACUCCUCAACAUCAAUCAACGGAUGGAUUUAGAUGCCAAAUUUUCAUGUCUUUUUAUAUUCUUAUAUAUAUAUUAUAAAUAUAUAAAUAUAAAUAUGUUAUUUUCCUUUC